GGUGGCGCACGCGGACAUCAGCCCCUGUGCAGGAUGGCUGCCUUGAAACGGAGUCGAGCCCAAGCUUGGCCGGAGGAGAGAGGGGACAGGGAGCAUGGACUGUACAGCUUGCACCGCAUGUUUGACAUUGUGGGCACUCACCUGACCCACCGGGACGUGCGGGUGUUGUCCUUCCUCUUUGUGGACGUGAUAGACGAUUAUGAGAGGGGCAUGAUCCGCAGCGGCCGGGACUUCCUGCUGGCGCUAGAAAGGCAGGGCCGCUGUGAUGAGACCAACUUCCGCCAGGUGCUACAGCUGCUGAGGAUUAUUACUCGCCAUGACUUGCUGCCCUACGUCACCUUGAAGAGGAGAAGGGCUGUGUGUCCAGACCUCGUAGACAAGUACCUAGAAGAGACAUCCAUUCGCUACGUGACGCCCCGAGCUCACAGUGAUGCAGAGCAUGGUCUUGGCCACCCUCACAAAUCAGUGCCUCCCCAUCACCCUGUGGUCUGCUGCUCCUCGGCGGGACCUCAGAUCUGUACCAAGAGGCCUGGCCGUGGGAGAGCUCUUCUCAGUAGUCAGCGGAAGAGGAGGAAGUCAGUGACACCAGAUCCCAAGGAGAAACAGACUUGUGAUAUCCGCCUGCGUGUGCGAGCCGAGUACUGCCAGCACGAGACGGCGCUGCAGGGCAACGUCUUCUCCAACAAGCAGGACCCCCUGGAGCGGCAGUUCGAGCGCUUCAACCAGGCCAACACCAUCCUCAAGUCCCGGGACCUGGGCUCCAUUAUCUGUGACAUCAAGUUCUCUGAGCUCACCUACCUCGAUGCGUUCUGGCGAGACUACAUCAACGGCUCCUUGCUGGAGGCCCUCAAGGGCGUCUUCAUCACAGACUCGCUCAAGCAGGCAGUGGGCCACGAGGCCAUCAAGCUGCUGGUCAACGUGGACGAGGAGGAUUACGAGGUGGGGCGCCAGAAACUCCUGAGGAACUUGAUGCUGCAGACGGCGCCCUGACCUGGUGGCUGUGGUGCCCAUGCCCGGCAGCCCAUCGCUCCUCCUCUUGGGUUUGUUUUUCUUUUUUUUUUUUUUUUUUUUUUUUUUUUUUUUUUUUUAAAAAAUUUUU